ACGAAACAUGGCGGUAAAGUUCAUGGCCUGAUAGUAGUCGACGCAGAUUCCAGCACGCUUUACAGGACUCAUCGAAUAUAUCUCCACAUUUCAAGAUGUUUGUGUAUUUAAGUAAAAAGAUUGCCAUUCCCAAUAACACCAGACUGCGAUGUGUUUCUUGGAACAAAGAUCAAGGAUACAUAGCCUGCGGUGGAGAAGAUGGACUUUUGAAGGUGUUAAAACUGGAGACGCAAACAGGAAAAGAUGUGAAGGUGAAAGGCCUGGCAGCUCCUAGUAACCUGUCCAUGAACCAGACUCUGGAAGGCCACAGUGGUAAUGUCCAAGUGGUGACAUGGAAUGAGAACUACCAGAAGCUGACCACAAGUGACCAAUAUGGGCUGAUCAUCGUCUGGAUGCUGUACAAGGGAUCCUGGUACGAGGAAAUGAUCAACAACAGGAACAAGUCUGUCGUCCGCAGCAUGAAAUGGAAUUCUGAUGGACAGAAAAUCUGUAUUGUCUAUGAAGAUGGAGCAGUUAUUGUGGGAUCAGUGGAUGGGAACAGAAUCUGGGGCAAAGAGCUGAGAGGGCUCCAGCUGGCUCAUGUGGAGUGGUCACCUGAUGGUAAAAUACUCCUGUUUGGAAUGACUAAUGGCGAGAUCCACAUCUUUGACAACCUGGGCAAUUUUAUUUCCAAGCUACAGGUGUACUGCCUGGGCAGUGUGUCAGGGUCUAUCCACAUCUCAGGACUGGAGUGGUACAAUGGUAUGCACGGCUACCUGGAGCCUAACUGCCCCUCCCUCUCUGUCUGCUUCGACAACGGACGAUGCCAGAUCAUGAAGCACGAGAAUGAUGAAAACCCAAUCCUCAUAGACACAGGGAUGCAGGUGGCACAGACGGGGUGGAAUCACUCGGGCUCUGUCUUAGCCGUGGCUGGGUCACAGAAGACCUCAGGGCAGGAGAAGGACGUCAAUGUUGUACAGUUUUACACCCCAUUUGGAGAGCACCUGCGGACGCUGAAGGUGCCUGGUAAGCAGAUGUUCAGUUGUUCCUGGGAGGGGGGAAGUCUAAGAGUAGCCCUCGCCGUCGACUCCUUCAUCUACUUUGCUAACAUUCGACCAGACUACAAGUGGGGUUACUGCUCCAACACUGUGGUGUAUUCCUUCACCAAACCUGACAGAUCUGAGCACUGCGUCAUUUUCUGGGACACAAAAAAUGGAGAGAAAUAUGUCAAGUACGUGAAGAACCUGAUCUCUAUAACAGCGUGUGGUGAUUACUGUUGCCUGGCAACAAAAGCAGAUGAACUUCCUGGACAGUAUGUACUAGUGCUGUGUAACUCAAUUGGCACGCCUCUGGACUCUAAGUACAUUGAGAUUGACCCCGCCUACCUGACGAUGACACGGUCGCACAUCAUCGCAGCGUCAAAAGAAGCCUUUUACACCUGGCAAUUCAAAAAUCCCAAGAAAAUGGUGGCUUUGGAAAUGUCCGGCAAACGAAAAACUGGAACAGAGAGGUUAUAUCACAUUGAUGACUUGCCCACAGGUGGGCCACAGGAUACUAUAGAUUUCAGCAAAGCCUUUGUGAACACAGAGGAUCCAAUCUCCUGUAUAUGUGCCUCUGAUAAGGCUCUCAUUGUUGGUCGUGAAUCAGGGACAGUGAAUCGCUACGGCUUGCCGAUGGUAAAUCUGACAAACAAGCAUCUGCUGAACUGCCGUCCUCAUCAGCUCUCCAUCAAUUGUAACACCACGCGCCUUGCUAUCAUCGACAUUGCUGGGGUUUUGACGUUCUUUGAUCUUGAGUCACGGGUUCAUGAUGCGGAUGGGAAGGAGGUCACCGGGGAACACCUCAAGUUUGAACGCAAAGACGUGUGGGACAUGCGCUGGGCAGAUGAUAAUGCUGAGCUGUUUGCCAUGAUGGAGAAGACUAGGAUGUACAUAUUCAGGGGACUGGAUCCUGAGGAGCCAAUUGUCAGCAGCAGUUACAUCUGCCAGUUCAAUGAUCUUCAGAUCAAGGCUGUUUUGUUAGAUGAGAUAAUGAAAGACCCAGAGAAUCCCACGAAAGAGAACGUCAUAGAAAUGGAAAUUAAGUCAUUACGUGACACGCGCGACCUCUUGGACAAAGUGGGUAUUCACGAUGCUCAGCAGUUCAUUGAAGACAACCCUCACCCAAGACUCUGGAGGCUAUUAGCAGAGUCUGCUCUAGAACACCUGAAUCUCAAGGUGGCUGAGCAAGCUUUUGUCAGGUGCCGAGACUUUCAGGGGAUUGAGUUUGUCAAAAGACUGGCCAAUUUGCAGAAUGAGACGAUGAAGCAGGCUGAGGUAGCAGCGUACUUCCGGAGGUUUGAGGAGGCGGAGAGGAUGUAUUUAGACAUGGACAGAAGAGACCUCGCCGUGAGCCUGAGAAAGAAGCUUGGUGAUUGGUUCCGUGUGGUUCAGCUUCUGAAGACCGGGGCAGGAGGGGAUGACAUUCAGCUGGAGGAGGCAUGGAAUGCCAUUGGGGAUUACUAUGCUGAUCGUCAGAAGUGGCAGCAGGCAGUGACGUACUAUGUCCAGGGCAGGAAUCAGGAGAGACUGUCAGAGUGUUACUACAUGCUGGAGGAUUACAUUGGCCUGGAGAAGAUGGUGCAAGCGUUGCCAGAGAACCACAAACUCCUUCCUGAGAUAGCCGCGAUGUUUGUGACAGUGGGCAUGUGUGAACAGGCUGUGGAUGCCUUCAUUAAGUGUAACCGCGUGAAGGCUGCCAUUGACUGCUGUGUCCAGUUGAACCAGUGGACAACAGCCAUAGAGCUGGCAAAGAGCCACAAUGUGAAGGAAAUAGAUGCCUUGCUGACAAAGUAUGCACAGCAUCUCUUACAGAAGAAAAAAAUCAUCAAUGCAAUAGAGCUCUACAGGAAAGCGGGCAACUUCCUGGAGGCGGCAAAGCUGUUGUUCAAAGUGGCAGAGGAUCGCAAAGCCCGUGCCAAACCCCUGGCGGUGAAAAAACUGUACGUGUUAGCGGGUCUGAUGGUUGAAAACUAUCACGAGCAUAUGAAACUGACGUCCAGGUCAAAGGUGAAGGGCAAGAGAGGCGCAGAGGCCUCCUCUGCUCUGGCUGGGCUACUCGAGGAGGACGCAGCAUCCAUCUCAGACACCAAGCUGAUAGACAACGCCUGGAGAGGUGCCGAGGCCUUCUUCCACUUCUACCUGCUUGCUCAAAGACAGCUGCAUGCCUGUUACGUGGAUGCUGCCAUGAAGACUGCUCUUCAUCUCCGAGAUUACGAUGAUAUUCUCAAUCCGGUGGACAUUUAUUCCCUGUUGGCCUUGACAGCAGCGGCUAAUCGAGCAUUCGGCACCUGUUCUAAUGCCUUCAUCAGGCUGGAGUCCUACGAGCCUCAGCCUCAGGAACAGAAGCAGCAGUUUGAAGAACUGGCCUUGGAAAUCUUCACCAAACAUAGCCCCAAGGACGGGAGAACCAAUAUGAUGGAAUGUAGCGGAUGUGGAUGUGAUUUGCCCGAUUGGUCAACCGUCUGCCCCAGCUGCGAUACAAAGUUUCCCACUUGCAUCGUGACAGGAAAACCUUUGCUAGAUUACCAGUUCUGGAUGUGCGGGACAUGUAAACAUCGCGCAUAUGAGGGAGAAAUUGGCCAACGACAGACCUGCCCACUAUGCCACUCAGCUGUGUAACCAAGGCAGUUGUGAACUUCUGGCUGUUUUUGUUGCACCUGUUCUGUGUUGUUUUGAUAACAGUCAUGUUGAUCUCCGUCCUUGAUAUGUGAUAACAGUCACAUUGAUAUCACACAUUUUGUACAAUGUCAUUUUUAUGAAAGCCAAAGUUUCCAUGUGGAACAGACUACCUGUCUUGCACUAUUGUUACAUUUAGUAAUUUUGAUUGUUGUGGUGUGCAGUUGAUAUUCCAAGCCGCUGCAAAACAGGAUGUUAGAAACUUUUUAUGGUAAAUAAUCCCUUAAAGAUGAGUAUGUGGUGAAUUUUUUCCUGUUGUUUCUGUGACAUAUCUCACAUCUCUUUUAUGAGGUAAUGUUAUGUAUGAAAGUGCAUGUUUUUGGUACAAAUAGGACAGAUAGAUCUUGACAAGGAAAUGCGGAAUCAAUGAAAAAAAAAAAGACAAAUCCCAAGAUGUAUUUAUUUCAGUAAAAAAGUUUUGAAAUACUGUUUGCUAGCAGUGAUGAGGACACAAUGUGUAAAUUCCUAUACCAUAUAUAUUUGCAGAUUCUGUUUGAUUUGGACACCACCUUAAACUACAUGUACAUGGACAUAUAAAUGUACCUGGGCAUUUGGGACCAAAGUGACCCCUAAAUUCCUCACUGUUUAUCAAAUUAUUAUUAUUACAUUAGGUCUAGUUUUUCAUUGGAAGUGUUUGAUAUUUGUGUUUGUGUACGACAUAAUUUUAUAUUGCUGAAGAUCAAUGGGGGAACUCAUAAAACGCCAUCCCACGUGUAUCAAGACGGUCCAAAGCUGUGAACUCAUGUGUUCUUUCCUUUAUUAUGUCACAAUUAUCGGUGUAAGUGUGCUUAUAAAACACAUAUGAACUGCAAAGUCACUGAAGAAAAUAAUGCAUUCUACUGUCAUUUGGACCUUCUGUGUAGCUCAUCCUUGAGUGUCCCAUUUUCGGAGAUAGACAUCCAUGGCCUGUGAUGCUAAUGCAGCACAGUGACCCAGGAGCCUCUGAAAAAUGCUGGCUUCCUCUCUGGCCGUACACGGGAAGAUCUGGCAGCGAUCUGCAGAUGUUGAUGGGUUUCCUGCCACCAUAAUACUGUCUGCAGUCAUAUAUAUGAGGAAUAUUCUUCAUUACAGUGUAAAACACCAAUCAAAUAAAUAAAUUCCUGGGGCGGUUACACUUGGGAUUUUACCCAAAGGAACAUCUGUGAAUUGUGAAAAAAUGAAGAAUAUACGUUAAAAUGUUGGUUUGAUCCACAGAUAUAAUCUCUAGGUGUGUACAUGGAAACAGUUCUGUGUAAACCCAUUACAGUCCACAGUUCUCUAGCCAGUGUUUUUUGUGAGAACAACCAAAAAGAAGUUGACUUUCCAUUAGUUUUAAUUUUAGGCUCACAAGGUGUAUUUUAAAAAAGUAGAGUUUGACAGUAAUUUUUCCAGGUCUUGAAAAUCCUGGAAAAUAUGAAUUUUAAGCCUGGAAACAUCCUAGAAAUUUAAAAUCUUGAGAUUUAUGUAAUGGGCUGGAUGCACUUCGGUGUAAUGGGGUAGUGCAUUGGUGGUUUUUCAACCUCUGCUAUAGUUGUUGGUGCAUCAGUUUGUAUAUCUGGGAAUGCAUCAUGUACACCUCAUUUGAGCAUUUUAAUUGAGUUGUGCAGAAUGAGGAUCUAUGAUUGGUUGUGAAAAACAAGAUAUUUAACUGUAAGAAUCUCUAUCUGUCACCAUAGUAAAUCAGAAACUUGCUAUCUGUGUUGUGGAUAUUAUUUGGCAGCAUCUUGGCUGUGAAGAUCAAUUUUGUUGCUUCACAUUAGCCUCCCUCCCCUCACACAGCGAAGAAAAUUGUCAGAGCUCACCUGGUCAUGUGGACCUUCAAAAAAAGCCUAAAAGAUAUUUGGUAUUUACAUGUGUUUUGAAAUUCUACUGAAUGUGCCAUGCAUUUCUGCAGGGUCUUUCUUUUACUUUGGUCAGAUGUAUAAGCAUUUGGAAAAUAACUGCGCCAUUUCAGUACAAGCUGAGGUGAAUUUCAUCCAUGUUAGUUAAGUAACGUAUCUGUGUUAAAAGUGUAUUAUCAUUAUACAUAUAUAAUGAUAUGCAAAAAUAUAACUAUUCUUCUAUGUGAAAGGAAAAAGAGUGAUGAUGAGUGAUGUUUUAGCAUGUAUCUGGAUUAUUUAUUAUUGAAAUUAGCUUGAAACGCAUUGUUUCAUAAAAGAAAAAGAAAUUAAAAUUUCAGUAUACAGGUGAAAAGAUUACCUGUGUUGUUUUGUGAUGUUAACAUUCGUUUUUAAUGUAUGGAAACCUAGGU